ACACCAAACUUUUUCUUCCUUUUCUUCAUUCAACAUUUCACCAAUUUCAAUGCAAUUGUUUUUUUUUUCUUUUCUAAUCUAUAAUUAUAAUAUUAUUAUUCUAAUUGAAAACGAAAACUCUUUUUAUUUUUAUAUUAGUAUUAUUAAUUUUAAUUUAACUUUAUGUUUAUGUUUUAUGUACCGUACCAGAAGUAGGUAUUUCUGUGGAGAUAGAUAGAUAGAUACACACAGUGACGAAGAUCCCUAUGAUCGAUUCUUUCGAUUUCUUCAUCAAGUUUCGAUUUUGAAGACGAUUCAUCUCAUCAAUCAUUCUCUGUUUUAGAUGCCUUUUCUGUAAUUUAGAGCUGGAAAGCUUAAUUGAGUGAAGAAUUUUUGGAAUUUUGAUUGUUUGUGAAGUGAAGAAUCUGUUUAGGGUGGGGAAUUGGGAAAGGGUUUGUGGAGUUGGUUGGUGGAUAUGAUGGAAUUGGAAUUGGAAUUGGAAUUGGAAUUGGAAGUGGAAGUGGAGGUGGAGGAGGAUCGAUUUUAUGAUACUCGUGAGGAUUUGAGUUCUGUGUCUGAUGACGAGGGUUUUGAUUAUUGUUUAGAAUCUUGUUCCGGUGGUGGUGGUGGUGGUGGUGAUGACUAUGUUAGUAGGUUCAAUUUUUCGAUUAACAGUCUUGAAAGUGUUCGUGAUAGACGGUUCAGUUUUUUGAGAUGGAUAAGUUUGGAGUAUGAUUCGAAUUCGAUUGAGGGAGAUGAUGAUCUGUCUUGUGGAGUUGAAGUUGACCGGAUCACUUCGACCAGUGGGGCUGUUUUGAGAACUGUAGAGGGUGUUUCUUCGAUUUCGAGUUCGUUGUCGAAUGAAGGUUCUAGGUUGUUAGAAAAUCGGGGUGAUGGUAAUGAGGAUUUAACGUGUAUGAUAAAGAAUUUGGAUGAUGGAACACGGUAUGUUGUAGAUGAAUUGGAUCAAGAGGGUAAACUUAAUACCCUGCGUGUUCUGGGUUCGAACCAGUUGAUUAGUUUGGAAGAGUUUCAUAAAAAUAUUGGGCCAUCGUCAUUUGUUCGUAGACAUUUGCAGAAAGAGGCGGAAAGUACUAGAUUGUUGAGUGUUGCUAAAAAGAAGAUGAAGAGUGGUUGGUUGAGCAAACUGGAUUCUAUUACAUGUUUUUAUCCUAGCCAAGGAUUUGAUGAAACUUGCUGCAAAGAUUUUGAUUCUAGGAUACAAAGAGUUCGGGUUAAUUUGCAUAAGAAACGAGUUAAGGAGCUUUCUUGUCUUUAUACUGAACAGGAGUUCAAAGCACACAAAGGCGUUAUUUUGACAAUGAAGUUCAGUCUCGAUGGAAGAUAUCUAGCUAGCGGUGGUGAAGAUGGCAUUGUGCGUGUGUGGAAGGUGGUUGAGGAUGUAAGAACAAAUGAAAUGAACAUUCUUGACGAUGAUCCAUCCAGUAUAUAUUUCAAAAUGAAUCAAUUUACUGGUAUUGUUGCUCCUCUUGACGUAGAUAAAGAGAACUUAGUUAAAACAGAGAAGAUGAAGAGAUCUUCUUCUUCAACCUGUGUGAUUAUCCCACCUAAGACCUUUCGCAUAUUGGCAAAACCUAUGCACGAAUUCCAGGGGCAUAGUAAUGACAUUUUAGACCUUGCAUGGUCCAAAUCAGGGCUUCUACUCUCAUCCUCUCUUGAUAAGACAGCGCGCCUAUGGCAAGUAGGGAUUGACAAAUGUCUUCGAGUUUUCUCCCACAAUAAUUAUGUGACAUGUGUGAAUUUCAAUCCUGUCAAUGAUAAUUUUUUCAUUAGUGGUUCAAUUGAUGGAAAGGUGCGUAUCUGGGAAGUUGUUCGCUGUCGGGUUGUUGAUUAUAUUGAUAUCAGAGAGAUUGUCACAGCUGUGUGCUUUCGCCCUGAUGGAAAGGGCACGAUUGUGGGUACCAUGGCAGGAAAUUGCCGUUUCUAUGAUAUCCUAGAUAGUCAUAUGAAAAUGGAUGCUAAAAUGUCGUUACAAGGCAAAAAGAAGACAUCAGGGAAAAGGAUUACCGGCUUUCAGUUUUCGCCCAGUGACCCAAGCAAGUUAUUGGCUGCUUCGGCGGAUUCACAUGUAUGCAUACUCUCAGGAGUUGAUGUCAUUUACAAAUUCAAGGGCCUAAGAAGUGCAGGUCAGAUGCAUGCUUCCUUCACUUCUGAUGGGAAACAUAUCGUUUCGCUUAGUGAAGGUUCAAAUGUUUGUAUCUGGAAUCACACCGGCCAAGAUAGGAACACUUCCAACGCAAAGAAGAUUAUGUCUUCUGAGAGUUUUCUAUCCCACAAUGCAACAAUUGCCAUACCUUGGUGUGGAAUUGAGUCAACGCCAUUGUCCCCUUCACUUGAAGAAAACUUGAUUCAGAGGUCAUCAUUGUCUUCUCCUGAUUGUUUCUUCAUGAGUCGCGGAUUUCUUUCCGAGUUAGUCCCAAGGGUUUCUGCAACAUGGCCAGAGGAAACACUUCUCGACUCAGGUCAAACCGUCGUUUCUCCUACAAUAUGUAAAUCAGAGUAUAAAUUUUUGAGAAGUGCUUGCAAGGGAAUGUCUAAUUCUCACUUAUGGGGCCAAGUUAUUGUAACAGCAGGAUCUGAUGGAUUCAUAAAAGUGUACCAAAACUACGGCUUACCUGUUCGCGUUUGAAACACGAGAAUUUGCUGGUGUACCAUAAAGUAAGAAACAAAGCUUCAUCGUCUGGUAACGCGGGGAUGCCAUCGUGUAAUAUUAUUCUUUAUACGAAUGUCGAUAUCAGUUAUACUAUUCUUUAAUUUUUAAGGAUUGUCAGUUAGAGAAUGUAAGUUUCAGUUUUGCUGAUAGUCCUUGUCAAAAUGUAAUGUAAUUUGUGAUUGUGUAUAGUAUAUAGAAAGAUUUCAUUCAA